ACACACGCACCAUACGUGGGGAUUUGCCAGCACUGCACACCCAGCCGCACCCCAAGAAAGAAAGAAACCCAGCGAGGAGGAGGAGCAACAGCAACGACACUGCCAGUUGCCACCGGAACCGGAGCGUCCUCCCUUCCCCACAUCUCUCCCUCCCGGAAUAUACCUCCUCCGAGCCAACCCAGCCUCCCGCGCUCACCCCCUUUGCCUCCGGCCAUGGCGGCGGCGGCGGAGGAGGAGGGCCGUGCGCCGACCAAGUACGUGCUGAUCACCGGCGGCGUCGUCAGCGGCCUCGGCAAGGGCGUCACUGCCAGCAGCGUCGGCGUCGUCCUCAAGUCCUGCGGCCUGCGCGUCACCUGUAUCAAGAUCGACCCAUACUUAAACACAGAUGCUGGUACUAUGUCUCCCUUUGAGCAUGGUGAGGUGUUUGUGCUUGAUGAUGGUGGAGAGGUGGACCUGGAUUUAGGGAAUUAUGAGCGUUUCUUGGAUGUUACUCUUACGAGGGAAAAUAACAUUACCACUGGGAAGAUAUAUCAGUCUGUCAUUGAGAAGGAGAGGAAGGGUGACUAUCUUGGAAAGACGGUCCAGGUUGUUCCUCAUGUAACUGAUGAAAUAAAACAAUGGAUACAAUCAGUAUCCUCUGUUCCUGUGGAUGGGCAGACUCGUCCAGCUGAUGUUUGUGUUAUCGAAUUGGGCGGCACUGUAGGUGAUAUUGAAUCAAUGCCAUUCAUUGAAGCUCUACGUCAGUUGUCAUUUUCUCUUGGUAAGGACAAUUUCUGCCUCAUACAUGUGAGCCUUGUUCCAGUAUUGGGUGUAGUUGGUGAGCAAAAAACUAAGCCAACACAACACAGUGUACGAGAACUAAGGGCCUUGGGUCUUACUCCUGAUCUUCUAGCGUGCCGAUCAGCACAGCCACUAAUAGGAUCCGCGAAGGAGAAGCUUUCACAAUUUUGUCAUGUACCGGUUGAGAACAUACUUAACAUCCAUGAUGUUCCAAAUAUAUGGCAUGUUCCCCUUAUUCUUAGAAACCAAAAGGCUCACGAGGCUAUAAUCAAACAACUAAACCUUUCCAGGUCUGCUGGCCCCCCUGAAUUACGAGAUUGGACGCUGAUGGCCGAGUCAUAUGAUAACCUCAGUACCUCUGUUAAAAUUGCUUUGGUUGGGAAGUACACUAAUCUGUCAGAUUCUUACUUAUCAGUGGUGAAGGCUCUCCUACAUGCCAGUGUUGCAUGUUCACAGAAACCUUCUAUCCAGUGGGUUUCAGCUUCAGAUCUCGAAGAUGCAACUGCUGCAAGUGCACCAGAUGCUCAUACUAAAGCUUGGGAAACUCUUAAGGGUUCCUCGUGCAUUUUGAUACCUGGAGGAUUCGGAGAUCGUGGAAUAUCUGGGAUGAUAUUGGCUGCAAAAUAUGCUCGUGAGAAUAAAGUACCAUAUCUUGGCAUAUGCUUGGGAAUGCAGAUAUCGGUGAUUGAGAUGUCCAGACAUGUUUUGGGCCUGGGAAAUGCAGACAGUGAAGAGUUCAACACAGACACACCAGAUUGUGUUGUGAUGUACAUGCCUGAGGUAUCAAAAACACACUUGGGAAACACGAUGAGGUUGGGUUGCCGUCGAACGUUCUUCCGUAAACCAGAUUGUCUGACAUCGAAACUGUAUGGAAAUCCUCCACAUGUAGAUGAGCGCCAUCGUCACAGAUAUGAGGUCAAUCCUAGCUUUGUUCCAAUGCUUGAGAAUGCAGGACUUCAGUUUGUUGGUUGUGAUGAAAGUGGAAACAGGAUGGAGAUUGUAGAGCUACAAGAUCACCCAUUUUACAUAGGUGUUCAGUUCCAUCCAGAAUUCAAGUCGAGGCCUCGAAAACCCUCGCCUCCAUUUACAGGUACUGUGUUCUCAAACUUGAUUAUCCCUGAACGUUUUCCUGAGAUACCUAUGGCCAUCCGUUUUAUGAGUGGAACUAUUGUGUCAUUGCUCCAGAUGGAUAUCGCCCAAUGUGUGGGCAGUUCAAGUAUCUGCUUGUCGUCGAAGCAGUUUGCAUCAUGUAGUCAUGUACCAGAAAUGUACCUAAGCUGAGAGAUACGUUCUGUUUUCCGUGGGGAGUGGCUUAACCGAUCAUCAUACAGUGGGGUCGUAAUUUCGUUGGCUAUUCUGAGAUGGCCAUGCCGAGGCACUUGUCAACAUCAUUUGAGGUACAACCUGUGUAUCAGUCUGAGAUGAUCAUGUAAAGAGUUCUUUGACCUGCCCCCUCUUUAUUACCAUGGUAAAUAUGGCAUGCUGCAAUGCGAAACCCUGGUGAAAUAAGUACCCUUUUAGAAGAAAAAAAAUAUGCUAUAUGUUUUUCUUUCUUUUUCA